AUGCCGGGGACGUACACACCAGCUGUGCGCACAGGAUAUGUAUCCAUACCAUCAGGAAACGUGCACACAGCCAUGCCCGUAUCGGCACCUGCAUACGUGUCCGUACUGCCCGCACCACCCGGGUACAUGUCUGCACCAUCCGGGUAUAUGGCUGCAAUGCCUGUAUCAUCCGAAUAUGUGCAGGUACCGCCCGCAUGUAUUUAUGUGCCCGCGCCAUCCGCAUACGGGCCCGCAUCAUCUGGAUACGUGCCUGCGCAUCCCGCACUGUCUGGAUACAUGCCUGUGCCGUCGGGACCAUCCACAUACGUGCCAAUACCGCCCGCAUCUAACUAUCGUCCAUUUUAA